AGUUAUAUGACUAAUAAUAUACUAGUCUAGGAGCUAUGUAGCGAGCAACUAAUCGAGUUGGUUUGUGAGUCACACCAUCAAGUUCAACAGGUUUUCCAUUCAUUACAAAAUUUCCAAUUUCCAAAUGAUCAAUUUCAAUGAAAUCUUUCAAUAUCUUAUUUUACCAUGUUCAACUCUAUGUAUUCCUCUAUCCGUAGAGUACAUUGAGUGUACAGAAAUGACUAUAACAGAGUUUCUCUUAUUGUUAUUCAUAGUUUCACAAGUGGUGUCCACCGCGGUAGGGUUAAAGGUGGAGGGAGCCUCCUAUUACGACAUCGCGGCGGGGACGACGAAAGGCGGAUCAGAGCCUUCUGCUGGGAUAGCGGUGUACAAAGUUUGCUCAUACAAUUUUUGUUUGGGUUCCUUAACCCUGACGGCCUUCGACGCCGCCGUAGCAGAUGGCAUGGACAUCAUUUUCCUUUCUCUUAGUCUCGCCUAUGAACUCCUGUCGGACUUUCUACAAGAUCCGGCCGCCAUCGGCACUUUUCACAUCAUGGAGCACGGGAUCAUGGUGGUCUGAGAGAGCUUAUGAAGAAGUAGCAAUGUUGAAUUUUGGGGUUCUCUCUCCUAGCCUAUGAGUCACUUAAAAUUUGUGUUUCUUAUGAUAUGCUAUUGUGAUGGUCCAAAGCAUAUAAUUUAUAGGUGCAGAGAGGACCAAAAUUCCUAUUAAGUUUUAUCUUUACACUUUAUUUUCAACCAUCCAUCAUGUAAGAGUUACAAUAGGAACAUAACUCUUUGAAGUUAUUAAUCUUUGAUAACUCCUUAUUCUUAAAACCAAUUGAACCCAAUGUAACACUAAUAUUCCUUUUAUAACUCAUGGGUUUCAUAAUAGAUCAUAUUAAGGAUGAGAUAACUCUCUUGCACUAAAAGUUAUCUUACAAUUUUUCCAUGUUUUCUUUGUUUUAUAAUAAUAAUUAUGGUAUUGCCGGUAUACUUCAGAAGUAUAGUAUACUACAUGUGAUAUGACCGUUAGAUGUGUUUAGAUGAGCUCCGACCAAUGUAAGGUAGUUGUAUAUUUGUGAGAUAUAAUUAUGAAUUCAGCUGUAUACAAUUGAUUAUAAUUUUUAAUUUUGUUCUUCUGUUUGAAACUUGCUAUGUUAUACCUUCUAAUAAGUUGUCUAAUAAUAAUGUUUCUCCCUGCAAUAAACUAUCAGGUGAACAUUUUUUGAGAUUGAAUGAGUAUUGGUUUCGUAAAUGAUUAUCUUUGUAGGAUGAAUUGAAAGUGAUGUUCUGAACAAUUUGAAAGAUAUUUAUAUUUUAAAAAUUUCCUUCUAAUAUGAGAAAUAAAAAUUUAAAGUGAAAAUAAUUUUAUCAUACAUUUCUCUAAAUAAUUGGACCUACCUUGGAUAUUAAAGUUUGGAGGACUUCAUUGAUAAUAAAUCAUUGACAGUUGGGUCCAAUCAUUUUAAUAUCACAAGAUAAUGGUUAAAUUGUAAGUUUGGUUUCACGUUAGCCACUAGAAUUACUUUAUUCCAUCCAUAGUCACUUAAAUUAGUUCAACAGUUCAAGUUUAAUCACUCUCUGUUAGUCUUCGAUAACUUUUACCCAUAUGGGAUUCAACUCUGAUAGUUGACCGUUAACAAAGUGACGUGGCAAUUAAUAAUUAAUAAAAAAAUAAAAUUGAAGCUUUUAC